GCGUCAAUUAAAUAAUUAAAUAAAAAUAUGAAGUGAAUAAUUUUCUUUUAAAAUUAAAAUAAAAAAAAUAAACGUUGAUAAUAAAUUAAACUAUUAAAAAGUGAUUAAAAUUAAAAAAUGUGAAUUGUUAAAUGUUGUUUUAUUCAAUUGUCAUACGAAAUCCAAAUUCAUUUCGAUGAAAUAAAAUAUGAAUAAAUGAAUUUGCGUCAAUUUUGAAUGAUCUCAAGUUAGAGACUAAUAAUGAAAUAAUGACGUUUAUAAUUCAGAAGUGAUAUCGAACAAAAUAUAACAAUAAGUAAAAUGAAAAGCUCUCAAUAUUAUAGAAAAAACAAAGUGUCAAAAGUUAAGUUUCUUAAUAUUCUCUCAAACUUCUUCAUAAAGUUUGGUUUGGUUGCAUUUAUUUUAUUACCUUUACUAUCAACAAAUGCUUUUGAUACUGCGAAGUUACUAAAUGGUAAUGCAACUUUACUGCAUCCUUUGGAGCAUUUUAUGCAAAAUAUGACAUCAGCUGUUGAGAAUGCUAACCAAGCAAAACUUGCUGCACUACCAUGGUGGUGUCACUACUCAAGUGAUUUAGAAGAGAAUGAAAAUGAAUCUGAAUCGCAUUGUGAAGGACCUAAACUUUUUAAAAUACCACAAAAUUUACCACAAAUAACAAGACUGUCGAUUGCGAAUGCAAAGUUCAAAGUAUUACGAGAGGCUGGACUUAGGAAGUAUUCAUCUACUUUAAGAGAUUUAUUUUUGACAAACUUAAAUGACUUUUAUCAGAUUGAAUCGGGAGCGUUCAAAAAUAUUUUGAACAUUCGAACAAUUUACAUUUCUCAAGCACCAAAACUUCAAUAUAUAUCAUCAGAAACUUUUAGUCACAUUUCACCCUCAUUUAAGACAUUACGAAUCAUAAACUGCGGCCUGAGGGAAAUUCCAAAUAUGAGUCUGCUGUCGGCAGGAAUUCUAUUACAAUUAGAUUUCGAAGGCAAUCAAAUAAGUGAAAUUCUAGAGAAUUCUGUUAGAAUAAAAACUGAACAGUUGAUACUUGAUAACAAUCUCAUUACAACAAUACAAAGAGCAGCUUUCAAUGAGUCAGAAAUAGGAAGAUUAAGUCUUAAGGGCAACAAAAACCUCCGCAUGCUUCAUGAGUACGCCUUUGAAGGGAUCACCAACAUUCGAGAAUUAGAUCUAUCAAGCACAGCAAUUGAACUAUUGCCGACGAUUGGUCUUGAUACCCUUGAGGAAUUGAGAAUUCAAUAUACACAAUCACUCAAACAUAUUCCAUCUGUUUACAAUUUCAAAAAUUUAGAAAGGGCUUGGCUGACUCAUUCAUUCCAUUGCUGCGCUUUUAAAUUUCCGUCACGACAUGAUCCCAUGAGAUACGUACAACAAUUAAAUUUAAUAGGAAAGUUCGAGAGUGAAUGUAAAUCCAAAGGCUAUAUUCAUCCAGUUUCUCGAAAUAUUUACGAAAGCUCAAGUCACAGGAUGAAGCGAACAACUUCAAAUGAUUCGAAGGAAUAUAAUUCUUUGAAUAUGAACAGCAUGCAUUCCAUUAAUACUUACGAUGAUUCUAAUAAGAUCGAUGAUGACAACUUCGAAGGCUUUUUUCAUGAACCUGCGAUUGUUCCUAAUGACUACCUUGAAGCUAUUUGUGGAAAUUUAACUUUGAACAUAAAGAAUGUUAAAUGUUAUCCUAAACCGGAUGCAUUAAAUCCUUGCGAAGAUGUAAUGGGAAGUAAUUGGCUAAGGGGAUCGGUUUGGGUUGUAGUAUCAUUAACAGUCAUUGGAAACGUCAGCGUUCUUGUUGUUUUAUUUUCAAAUCGAUCGGAAUUGACUGUGCCAAAGUUUCUUAUGUGCAAUUUAGCUUUUGCUGACUUCUGCAUGGGGAUGUACUUGCUGUUUCUAGCAUCAAUUGAUUUGCAUUCUAUGAGUGAAUAUUUCAACUAUGCUUUUGAUUGGCAAUAUGGAUUAGGUUGUAAGACUGCGGGAUUUUUAACAGUAUUUGCUGGACAUUUAUCAAUAUUUACCCUCACUAUCAUAACUGUUGAACGUUGGUUUGCUAUAACUCGUGCUAUGUAUCUUAACAAGCGGUUAAAAUUUAACACUGCGGUUAUGGUUAUGAUUGGUGGUUGGAUUUAUUCAUUCAUUAUGGCUACACUGCCAUUAUUUGGUAUCAGCAAUUAUUCAUCAACAAGCAUUUGUUUGCCGAUGGAAGCUCAGGAUCCCCUAGAUAUAAUUUAUCUGAUUACAGUUCUAGCUGUAAAUGGUCUUGGAUUUUUCAUUGUUGUCGUUUGCUACGCACAAAUAUAUUUCUCACUUGGAACUGAAACACGAACACGAAGCACAACGAGUGGUGAGAUGACAGUUGCUAAGAAAAUGGCUUUAUUGGUCUUCACAAAUUUUGCGUGUUGGGCUCCCAUAGCGUUUUUUGGUUUAACAGCAUUGGCUGGAUAUCCACUCAUAGAUGUGACACAAUCAAAAAUUCUUCUGGUUUUCUUUUAUCCAAUUAACUCAUGUGCAAAUCCUUAUUUGUAUGCCAUUCUGACAACUCAAUAUAGACGAGAUUUUUUCCUACUACUGUCAAGAUUUGGAAUCUGUAAUCAAAAGGCCCGAAAGUACAAAGGAAAUUAUUCUAAUUCGAGUCACACAAUCCCACUUCAUCAACUUACUGGUCGUGGGUCGACAAGCUCAAAUCACCAUAAUCGUCUUACAAGGAACAAUCACCAUGAAGGUCGCUUAAUAUGUUUGGAAAAUGAGAACGAAAAAGCUAAAGAUGUGGUUGUUUGAUAAACGAAAUUAGAAAGACAUCAAAUAACUUAUUUAUCCGAUUUGAAGAAGAGUUUGUAAAAAAUAUUAUUGCAAUUGUACUUAGAAGAACGUUUCUUUCAUUGAUACAUUCUUGUUUUAUUAAUGUUAACAUGAAAUUCGAACAAAUUGUCAUUUGCU